AUGGCAUUUUUGAUAUACAUUUUCGUUACAUUCGUGCUACUACUUACACACUACUUCUUCUUCUUCUUCUUCUUCUUCUUCUUCUUCUUCUUCUUCUUCUUCUUCUUCUCCUCCACUAUCCUCAUCCAAAAACCUAGUCAGAAAAAGAUACCACCGUGGCUCUCGUACAGAAUCCCCUUUAUAGGACAUGCACUGUAUUUUCUCACAGAUCCUUAUGCUUUAGUGGCGGGAAUCACCCACCCAGUCCGCCUCCACCUCCCGGGCACAAACCCGAUUCUAAUUCAAGGCACUGCCAACAUCCGCCGCUUGCUAAAAUCGAGCUCGCACACGAAUCCUUCGCACGCUCAGACGUUCAUUGCAAGCCAACUCUUCGGCAUGCCCAAGCGCGCUGCACAGCUAUUUCAGCGGGAUGACUCCGGGUACGCUGCUACUCCCUUACCAAACUCACGCGUAGAGGGCAAGAAUCGGAUUUGUUAUAGAGAUAGGAAGAUUCUGCUAGGCAUGCUGCAAGGGAGUGAGGUCGUAGGUGUAAUUGAAAGAUUCAAAGUUGCGUUUGAAAAGAGGAUGGUGCGGAUAUGGGAGAACAUGGAGGAAGGAGAAGAGUGGGUUGAAGAAAGUGAUUUGUGGGCGUUUCUAACGAGGGAGGUGACGCCUGCUGCGAUUGAGGCGUUGUGUGGAAGAUUACUUGUGGAAGAGGUGGACGGGGAGUUUGUGAGCGACUUUUGGGCAUUCGAUGAGUGGGUGCCUGCGAUCACCAAGGGGGCGCCUGCUUGGCUUUUCCCAGGGGCGUAUAGGGUUAGGGAUAAGUUGCUUGGGAGUCUGGUCGAGUGGCGGAGGGUGUUGUUGCAGCGACGGCAGCAGCAGCAGCAGCAGCAGGGGAGUCAUGGAGACGAGGCGGAUAACGCCUCGCCAUCGAUGAUGGCAAAGAUGGGUCUGCUCGACGUCGAUGGAUGGUCUGUGCAAGCGAUCGCGGCGUCAGAUCUAGGCUUGAUAUGGGCGUUAAAUUCCAACACCAUUUCCGCCAUUUAUUGGCUGAAUGUCGAGAUCUUCCGCUCUCGGGAACGGCUGAGGCGUAUCCGAGCUGAAUGCUUGAAUGCAGGACGCAGCGCCAGCAGCCACAACACCAACGACAGCCAUGCAAUUCAAGGCACACCACUACCUGAUGUCGACUUAUCGGCCCUACUCACUCAGCCAUAUCUCCAAGCCUGUUUUGCAGAGACGCUCCGUUUGCGGACCCACAUUUUUAUUACCAGAUUUGUCGACACUCGCGACAUGGAGAUAAAUGAGUGGUUGAUCCCUGCCGGCAGUGUCUUACUCACCUGCUCAUCUGUACCGCAUAUGGACGCUGCGCUGUGGAAACCGAAUAACCAUGCCGCAUCGGCACGCCCACUGACAGACUUUGUGCCGGAGCGUUUUCUCAAAAUGCCAAAUGAUAUCUCCAAUAACGGUCCGGAGCGGGGCACAUGUAAGCUUAAUGCAGACGCCUCUCCCUCUGCCGAUCCACUAGGAAAACAGCCACCAGACACUUACCCCACGUCCUGCGAAUCCGCCCAACUGCAGUUUUCCGCAAAGGGGCUCGACGGCAUAUACGUCCCGUUUGGUGGCGGUGCGCAAAUGUGUCCUGGUCGCAAGCUGGCAAAAGCAGAGACAUUCAUCGUGACGGCUGUAUUGACAUCCCUGUUUGACAUUGAAUUGUGCGACCUCCAGUGUGAGAUACCGGUCAAGUCGAGUCACUUUGGCACAGGCGUCAGUAAGCCUGCAGCCAAAACACCUUUUCGUAUUCGAAGGCGACAAACAGGGACAACGAGCUAA